UGGAGCCUUUGACGGUAUAUGGUGUCGUGGCGACCUGACACAUUUGAUUGUAUCAGGGUACAGGAUACGUCAAGUUUAUUUUAUUAUUGGACAUUAUAACUUGGGCCUGAUACUCCGGAUAAACUGUAUCGAAGGGGAAAACAGUGAUUCAGACGUUUGUGAUGAUCUAUGUGGUGUUUGGCCUGACCUAAUUAUAUGGUUAUGGUGCAGAUUCGUGUCAAAAUGGACAGCGACCUGAGUCCGCAGGAUAGGAAAGACUUGGAUAAAUUCAUCAAAUUUUUUGCUUUAAAGACAGUGCAGGUGAUUGUUCAAGCUCGACUUGGAGAGAAAAUCUGUACCAGGUCGUCAUCAUCGCCAACUGGUUCAGACUGGUUUAACUUGGCGAUAAAGGACAUCCCAGAGGUGACCCAUGAAGCGAAGAAAGCUUUGGCUGGCCAGCUGCCCGGGAUCGGCCGGUCCAUGUGUGUGGAGAUCUCCCUGAAAACCUCCGAGGGAGACUCAAUGGAGUUGGAGACAUGGUGUCUGGAGAUGAAUGAGAAAUGCGACAAAGACAUUAAAGUGUCUUACACGGUUUACAACCGCCUGUCUUCACUGCUCAAAUCCCUGCUGGCCAUCACCAGAGUAACCCCGGCCUACAAGCUGUCGCGUAAGCAAGGCCACGACUACGUCAUUCUCUACAGGAUAUAUUUUGGAGAUGUCCAACUCUCAGGACUUGGAGAAGGAUUCCAGACAGUCCGCAUCGGUAUAGUGGGAACUCCCAUUGGUACCAUUACUCUGUCCUGUGCCUACCGCACAAACCUGGCCUUUAUGUCCACCAGGCAAUUUGAGAGGACUGCUCCCAUCAUGGGAAUCAUCAUCGAUCACUUUGUGGAGCGUCCCUAUGGCAACGUGGCACACAUGCAUCCCUGUAACUACAGAGCGCCAGGUGAGGAUGAGGGCGUGGCUUACACAGGAGUGGAGGACUCUCAGGAAGUGUGCACCACCUCCUUCUCCACCUCUCCACCCUCACAGUGUGUAUGCACUGUGAGUCAGGCACAAUUAAAGACGCCUAAGCCUGCUCUGAUGGACACACUGAAGGUCCCCGUCAUGGGCCUGGCCCUCUCACAUCACCUCUACAGUUCUCGUCUGCCCUAUCAGCCUGCGGUUCUGGGCACGGCAGACUUGAGUCACCCCACCACAUUCAAUGCUGCUCAUCCUCACCAGAUGGCUGUGCAGGGGAAAGAAGGCGGAGUCCCACAGGUGCCCGUUCAGCCCAGUCACGGCGCUCAGGCUGAGCAUGGGCGUGUCCCCUCAUGCCCUCCUGGUGACACCGCCCACCUUGCCCCGCCCUCGGCCUGCAGCAGCGGUGAGGGUGCAGACACAUUGUCCAGGAGCAGCGAGAUGAAGAGCGUGUCCCCGUCUGAUGCUCUGGAGACCACCUUCAUUAGGAAAGUCGGAGCCUUUGUCAACAAGCCCAGUUCACAGGUGACCACGGCCAGUCUGGACCUGCCCUUCGCUGCGUUUGCUGCCAGAGGUUACGACCUUGAGGAAAAUGACCCCAUGGUCCAUCCUCCAGACUCUCCUGCCUCAUCCUCUCCGCUGCAGGGCAGUCUUCACUCUCAGAGCUCUAACGAGAGCACCGGCCAAACACAGGACGACUUCGUCAUGGUCGACUUCAAACCGGCAUUCUCCAAGGACGACCUGCUGCCCAUGGAUUUGGGGACGUUCUACAGAGAGUUCCAGAACCCUCCUCAGCUGGCAAGCCUGUCCAUCGACGUGACAGCUCAGUCCAUGGCCGAGGACCUGGACUCCUUGCCCGAGAAGCUGGCCGUAUACGAGAAGAACAUCGAUGAAUUUGACGCGUUUGUAGAAACCUUGCAGUAGAUGGAGAUGUCUUGCAUCGAGCUCCACUCUCUCUGAUCAGUCUUCAAACAUGAGAAAACAAAACAAAACAAGACAUCAACUAUCCACUAAUUCUCACUUCUGAUUCCUCCAGGACAUGAGUUUUAGUCUGUUCACUUUAAGAUGCUAGUUGUUAUUUUCAGUACAUGUCUCCUCCAAACACAGUCACUCCACGCACUGACAAGUGUGUAGAGGGCAAGUUAAACACAAACACACUUCAUUUUGAGGAGCUGUUUUCAUUUUCACAGAGGCUAGUAUACAGACCUGAUUUUACUGAGAGGCUGUAGAGGAGAAAAAUCAAUAACCCAGAGCUCUCGAGACACUUAGCUAUGAGAACUGACGAUGUGAGAUCAUUGUAAUGAAUGUAAAUAUCGGACCAGCCCUUGUGUUAUGUUUUAUAGUCAGACCAAAUGAACACUGAUCCCAUCCACACGUCACUGAAUGUGUCAACACGCUAUCGGCUGCCUCACACUUAGACUACACAAUUACGGAGCAAAAUAGGGAAAAAUACAACAAAACAAAUAUUACGGUACGUGAGGAACAGUCUGGCCAUAAAAAAAAUACUCACCUUAUACCCAUAAACAACACUAGAGCUCUACGCAAGCAGUCGUAAAUUUAGAGUUGUUGUCGAACGUGCUUCUUGUAAAUGCAGAGAAAAAAAACAUUUUACUUUUUGUCCUAUUUUUAUUCGAUUAAGUCAUUUAUAGAGGGAAUAAAUUACAUCACUUAAAAAUCUGACGAACUAAGGCUCACACGUUAUGUAACUGUCACAUUUUACCAUGCUACUGAAAUAAGCGCUGUUUGCUACUUUUGCAUUUUCAGUGUGUCAAUCUACACGCCUUGUUAAUAUGGCA